AUGCCUUCCGCAGCCUUGUUGCUCAGAGUUUCCCCGCAGCGCUCCUCCACCGCGAUCGUCGCCUUUGUCCGCACUCACGCACGCUCCGUUGUAACCAUGGCUCCCACCCUGCAGCACGCCGAGGACUUCCUGUCCUUCGUGAAUGCCUCCCCGACCCCCUUCCAUGCCGUUAAAUCUGCAAGAGAGCGGUUGGAAAAGGCUGGCUUCACUCAAAUCAAGGAACGGGACUCGUGGGCCUCAACGCUCAAGCCUGGCGGCAAGUACUACCUCACCCGCAACGCCUCGUCCCUCGUCGCCUUUGCAAUCGGCAAACAAUGGAAGACCGGCAACCCUAUUGGCAUGAUCGGUGCUCACACCGACUCCCCGUGCCUUCGCAUCAAACCUGUGUCCAAGAAGCAGAGCGACGGCUUUUUGCAGGUGGGUGUUGAGACAUAUGGCGGUGGCCUUUGGCAUACCUGGUUCGACCGCGAUCUCAGUAUCGCUGGCCGUGUCAUGGUCAGGACCAGCGAUGGCAGCUUCGAGCAGAAGCUCAUCAAGGUGGAUCGCCCUAUCCUCCGCGUACCCACGCUUGCCAUCCACCUCGACCGCCAGCAGGACUUUGUUUUCAACAAAGAGACCCAGCUGUUCCCCAUAGCUGGCCUCGUUGCCGCGGAGCUCAACCGUCAGGGCAAGGGUGAGGGCGAAAGUACGGAUAAGGUCGAUGAGACCGGCCACUAUGAGCCUCUGAAGACGGUCUCGGAGAGACAUCAUCCAUACAUCGUGGAGAUCAUUGCUGAACACGCUGGCGUCCAGCCUGUUGAUAUCCAGGACUUUGAGGUUGUUCUAUACGAUACUCAGAAGUCAGUCAUCGGCGGCUUGAACGACGAACUCAUCUUCUCUGCCCGCCUUGACAACCUGAUGAUGUCCUUCUGCAGCGUCGAGGGUCUCAUCCACUCACUCUCGUCGCCCUCUGCCCUCGACAACGACCCCGCCAUCCGUCUCAUCGCCCUCUUCGACCACGAGGAGAUCGGUAGCCAGACCGCCCAGGGUGCCGACUCCAACCUCCUGCCUGCAGUGAUUCGUCGACUCUCUGUGCUCGCCCCGUCUGAAUCCAACAGCGAGAAGUCGUAUGACAAGCUCGACGUCGAUGCUGCCACCGCGUUCGAGCAGACUCUUGCUACGUCCUUCCUCAUCUCUGCCGACAUGGCCCAUUCCGUCCACCCCAACUACCCUGGCAAGUACGAGUCCAGCCAUCGUCCGGAGAUGAACAAGGGCACCGUCAUCAAGAUCAACGCCAACGCUCGUUAUGCCACGAACUCGCCGGGCAUCGUUCUCUUGCAGGAGUCGGCGCGCCGGGCGAAGAAGGCGUCUACCAACGUCAACACGGCGUCGGCCGAGGGUGUUCCUCUGCAACUGUUCGUCGUUAGAAACGAUAGUAGCUGUGGCAGCACCAUUGGUCCUAUGUUGGCCGCAAAGAUGGGCGCCAGGACCCUGGAUUUGGGCAACCCGCAACUGAGCAUGCACAGUAUUCGUGAGACCGGUGGCGCUCACGACGUUGAACAUGCGAUCAACCUCUUUGAGAGUUUCUUCGUUCACUUUGGCGAGCUGGAGAAGAAAAUCUUUGUCGAUUAG